CGGACCAAAGAAAGAACGAUGGGCAUCAUCAUCCUCCCCGAGGACCUGCUGGUCGAGAUCCUCAAGCGGGUGCCCGUGAAAUCGCUGUGCAGGUUCAGGUGCGUCUCCACCCUCUGGCGCUCCCUCAUCUCCGACCCUCGCUUCGUCGACGCCCACUUGGCCCAUUCCGCCGGCCAUCCCAAGCUCGUCAUCUCUCUGCCCAGCCAACCGGACCCCGGCCCACCCGGCCGCUGCUUCUUCACGGCCACCCAUUCCGAACCCGGAAAUGACCAACCCCAGAUCGUCGCUUCGCCUUACUUCUUCGUGCCCGGCACGGCGUGUAGUUACGUCUCGCAGUCCCUCAGCGGCCUGAUCUGCUUCCAAGUCGAUGGUCAUGUCGGGGUUUGCAAUCCCAGCACUGGGAAGCAUAUCGCAUUGAGAACAGCCCGGGCGAAUGUCGCUGGGGAGUGCGCUUAUCUGCACUACUCGUUCGGGUUCGAUCCGGUCGGUAAGAGGCACAAGGUCUUGAGCACGUUGGCGACCUGCAGGAGGCCGAUGCCUGCCGAUCUUCGUCAGGUGAUCAUGGAGCACCGCGUGCUGGACUUGGGAUCCGAGGAGUGGCGCAGGAUCGAGGAUGGUCCUCCUCAUAUCAAGAAAGAGAGUGAAAUUUGUUUCAACGGGUUGAUUUAUUAUAGGGCUUGGAAUGGCAACGUUACCAAUCCUAGGCAGGACUACUUGGUCGAAUUCGAUGUCGGGACCGAGAGGUUUCGAAUGGUUAAGUUUCCCGGCGAUAAUGGUCCCCGUGGAGGUCAUCGGAAAGUAUGCCUCAUUGAAUUCGAGGGUCGCGUUGCCGUGGCCGAUUUGCGUAACCUUAAGCGUGAUGGCAGCGAUGAUAUUGUUUUGUUGAUCUCGGAGGACUUUGAGAGGGAGAUCUGGAGGAAGAAAGUCAUUGCAUUGCCACCUAGUUGGAAAGAGAUUCUUGCGGCCGAAGAGGUUUUUCUGGCUGGUACAGUUGGUACUGGUGAAUUGUUGUUGGCAUCACAGAUAAUGAUGAAGCCGCAGCGUGUGUUCUACUACAAUCCGAAGACUAACAGUUUUCGUUGGAUCGAAAUUAGCGGGUUACCUGAAUAUAAGAAACUACUGCCUCCCGCAGUUUGGCAAACGUUUACUCAUCACGUGGAAAGUUUACUGCCACUGGAAAGUCUUCAUGACAGGCAACUACAUCACACAUGAUCUGAAGAUCAGCUUAUACAUCAGUUGGUGUUGAAGACUGAGUUACUAACUUUGUCAUCCACACAAUUUUGUACUAUGUUCCGAGAUGUGAAAUUAGUAAUCCUCUCUGGCUUCGGCUUAAACGUGAGUUUAUCAUUUUACUCUCAGAAUUUGUGGCUUUAUGUGACAUACCUAAAAGCCAUGAUUGUAGGAAAGAGGUGUUACCCCUUCUCUUAUUGCAUAGUUGUUAUUUGAAGAACCAA